AUGGCGGACGCCACGGUGGAUGCAAGCGCCGUGGAGGUAAAGACUGAGAAGCCCACAGACGGCGAUGAGGUCGUAGCAGAUCCUGCCGGCUUUUUGACGGGCACAGUCAAGAUCGAGGAUGGCACCACCAUCAAGAAGGAGGACUUAGAUGCGAAGGUGAAACAGGAGAAGAAGGAGGAGGAGAAGGACAUCAAAGUCGACGCAGUGAAAGGUGAGGGCGUCAAGGGAGAGGGUGUCAAGCAAGAAGGAAAUGUCAAGCAAGAAAAGAUGAGAAGUGAAGAAGAUGUGAAGAACGAAAUGAAGAUGGAAGGAACGAAACGGGAAGACUUCUAUGCCCUUGCCACAAAGGGAGAGGGGGCCAAAGGCGAAGUGAAAGGUGAGACAAAGGGCGAGAUCAAAGGUGAAGGUGUGAAAGGUGAGUCGAAGCGAGAGAGGUCGCGCUCCAAAAAGAAAAAGAAGAAGGACAAGAUCAAGAAGGAAAAAGCAGACGGAGAUGAAAAGAAGAAGGACAAGAAGAGAAAAAAGUCCGAGUCCCCCGGUGGAACUCGAAAGAGGAAGUCCAAGUGGGGUCCUGACACUGGUGGCUUCUCCAUGUCCGCCAUGCCGGGCGGCCGCUCUGGACUGCUGCCCGCGGCCGAAGCGGAUGAGCUGAUGCCCAGAUUCUCUGAUGAAGAGAUGAUUCAGCGAGCGUUGGUGCUGGAGAAUUUGUCGCUUAGCUGUACUGGCCAGGAGCUCAUUGAGUUCUUCAAUGGUGCCAUUUUGGCGGUGACUGGCAAUGCAGUGCAUCAAGCGGCGAACCGCAACAUGUCCCCCGUCUUCGCGUGCACCAUCACGGAGGAAGACCGUGCGAGUAGCAAAAGGAAGACGGCGGAGCUGAAGUUCCGCACUCCAGAUGGUGCCUCUGUGGGCAUGAAACUCAAUGGCAUUGAGUACAAAGGCCACAAGGUCACGGUCAAGAGACCUGACGCCUUCACCAAGCCUGCUGAUGGCCAGGACCCUUCUGUGAGGAUUAACCUCCAUGAAAUGUCCAUGGCCAAGAUGAUCGGCGGAGCUACUGACUCCAGAGGUAUGCCUAUGCCGCAGGGCCCUUCGCCCAAGUUGUCCAUUUUCAACCUGCCAGAUGCCAUGACUGAGCAGAUUUGCAGAGAUUUGCUCAGCCAGUUUGGCAAGCUCAGGAUGUUAAGUCUUAUUCGAGACUUGGGCACCGGCAAGAUCAAGGGCUACGGAAUCUUCGAGUACGACAAUCCCAACGAUGUGGACUUGGCCAUCGUGGCGCUGAACGGUUUUGUGUGCGGUCAGAACGUCAUCCGAGUGCAGAAAUUAGGUCAGCAGUCCACCACCACAACAUCCAAGCCUCAGCCGGUGGCGGCGACAGCCAUGUCCAACUCGAUGACGCAGAAGAUCGUCAAGAACCCUGUGUUGGCCAUGCAAGUCAAGCAGGGAAGAGAGGUGGGCUCUCGGCCAAGUACAGUGGUACAGCUCAUGAAUGCGGUCUACCAAGAGGACGUCAUGGAUGACCAGGACUAUGAUGACAUCACCGCCGAAGUUCACGCGGAGGCCUCGAAGCAUGGCAAUGUCAUGCGAGUCGUCAUUCCCAAGCCUGCGAAGGAUGGUUCCUACGUGGACGGGGUGGGCAAGAUCUUCGUGGCCUUUUCGGACCUGACAGCUGCGCGAAAGUUCCAGAUGGAUGCCAAUGGUCGAAAGUUUGAAAACCGAGUUUGUGCAGCUUUCUAUCCAGUGGAAAAGUUCAAUGAGGGCAAAUUCAAGCUUUGGUCCGCGUGA